UUCAUAGGAAGUUAGUUUUAAUAACCAUAUGAAUUCAAACCAAGUGCCUUUUUUGCCGUGAAAUAAUUAGAAGAAUUACAAAAGACGUGCAGAAAAAUAGUGAAACAUAAAAAGCUAAUCCUGUCCAGUGCUCUUCGUCCGUUUGGAUCCACCAUGAUUAUGAUGUAGCGUUGACCGUCUAGCAGCAUGAACAGUAGAAAAUGAAGAAAAGAAGAAAAUGCAUCCCAUCCAAGUUUGAUCCUAUGUCCUCUAAUUUAGGCUCACUUCCCUCAGUGUGAAUGUUGAGUGACGUCAUCACAGAAACAGCUGUGCACAACUGCUGAGCAUUAAGUCUAACCAUGGUGAGGCUUGAGUUGGACCAGAUAGUGAUGAGGAGGAUGAAGGAGGACGACAUCGAGAUAGUCAAGGCCCUGAUAAAGGAGGGCUGUGAGGGUACAGAGAACCGUCUCAUCCUCCACAUCCUGACUCGUCCGCUCUGCCUCUUCGUCUUGGCUGUUCUCUCUUCUGUCCUGCGCUGCCUCGUCCAUUCUUUUAUUCUGGCCCUCACCAUCCCGGUCUUCUUGCUGAUCGUCUUCCUCAAAAUCACCAUGCCACGCUCCACAGGAGUUCUGGGCAGCAGCCGUCCCUACUGGGACUAUGUUGGCAGCAGCUACAGAGGGAUGCAGGAUGAGACCCUGUCAAACCCUUACAGCCGGAUCAGCGGGAAAACUCCAGUGACAAAAAAGCCAAGGCGAAGAAUUGGGUGCAAAGACAAGGAAAUGUCAUCCGAAAAGAUCACCCCAGAGAGGGAGCAAACCGCCGGUCAGGUGUGGGUCGCUCAAUGCGAGGGAGAGAUUGUGGGCUGCAUCUUCCGGGAGAGUGAGACCCGACCCGGCAUCGCAAGGAUCUGCAGGCUGGUGACAGGAUGUUGGUAUCGCAGGGAGGGCCUGGGGCGAUUGCUGGUCCAGAGUCUGGAGAACAGAGAAAGGGAGGCCGGAGCACACAGGGUGUACGCACACAUCCCCUACCCAUCCAAAGUGGGGGAAGCCUUCUUUAGAAAAGUGGGCUAUGUGCAGCUAGGGGAAGUGGAGAAUGGAGAGGAGGAGGAAGAAAUCGAGAAAGAAACGCCAGAGAAAGGCUUCAUGGGUUACCCUCUUACAAAGGUUUACUACAAAGACUUGUGAAGGAUGAAGAGCUCUGAAAUGGAUUUCUACUGAUAGUAUGAACAAUUUUGCUGUUUUGAAUUACCGGCAAUUUAAUUUAUGGAGUUUUGCAGUUUUUAAUCGGUGGAUUUAUUUAUUUACUAUGGGUAUUAUAUUUUAUAAUGCUGAUUAAAGGGCUGCUUGCACCAAAGCAACAAACCACAAAAUGUUUAUUGUAUAAAAAUAAUUGCAAAUAUUGACAAAUACCCUGAAAACUGCACAUUUGGGAGUUUUUGUCUUAUUUCUUCAUUAUAGAAAGGAAUUUGCUUUCUAAAAGGACAUGGCAGGAAGUGGCUCCACUCUGAGAUCACAGAAACGGAUACGCUCAAGUUAGAAGUCAGUUUGUUCUUACCGGUAAAUGAAAUGCAAAUUAAAAUCACGUCAUGUCUGGAUCAAAGGUGUAGAGCUCUCUGAAACCAGGCCGGUCUUUCUGUUAAGAACUCAAAUAAAUAUAUAUUAACCGUGUGUUUCCUACUGGUGCCAUGCAAACAGCACAAACCAAAAACAAACAACAAAUUAUCAGUGAUUUCCAAAGUAAAAUUGUUGCCAAUGCAACCCAAACAGCCAAGUUUUCCCACAACACCAAUUCCUUCAUCAUAACCACCGCAGAUGACCGACCCCAGCGUGGAAGCAAGAACCACAUCGAUUUUGAUCUCAGUUUGUGUGGCUGUCUAGCACACAAAAUCUUUGCCUUUAUUUGGUAACAUCCACAGAAAGUGGGCAGGCGUGUCUGCAACACAAACAAUUGCAAACAUGAAGCAAUGCAUUCCUAUUGGCUUCUGUAAAUUAGUGUUUGAAUGUAGACCACACAACUGGGAGGCUAAAAAGGAUGCCAAUGGACUUGCUCAGAUAAAUGUUAAGAAUAAUAGAACUAGUUGUCAAGUAAUAGUCAAAUGUGGGGUUCAUUGUCAGUGUUUUUUCUAAAGCCAAUUAGAUAAUUGUCAACAUGUCAACUGAUGCUGAACUAUCUGAAACCGAUCUAUCUGAGACUGCAUUUUUUGUGUGCUUUUCGUGAUGUGGAAAUCUCUGAAAAGUAUAUUUUCCAGCAUUAAUUUAAGGUUACUUGUUGAUUUUUAUAACUGUCGUUUCCUGCUAUAAUAAUGUCAAACCGGCAUACAGGCCAUUGAUGCCGUAUAACAGUUCUGUAAAAAUCUAUUUGUACACUUUUUCUACAGCUCUUUUUAUCAAGUGUUUCAUGGCAGGAAUGUGUGUGUGUGUGUGUGUGUGACUGGAUCCAUUUGUGGGUUUGUGAAGCUGUAUUGACGUGUAGGCGUCGGUACUGUUACUGUAUAGGAAGCAUGUGGUUUGGAUGAAUCUGCAGAAUCGAUCUUCUUUUAUCUCUGCACUCAUUGUCUGCUGCUGUUCACCUGCACAUUAGCAGAAGGUGGGUCCAUAUGUCUGUAAACCCUUUCCCCCUCACUCAAAAUACAAUUUCUAUUUCAUCUUUUUGUGUGUGUUUUUGUGUGGAUAACAUCAUUUGUAACACAAAACCUACUGAUUGACUGAUGUGAAUUUUACUUACAUUGCUUUUAUCAAGUUAAGAUUUUAACAUUAGAAAUUAUGCUAACGACUUUUGACAUCAGAUUUCAAUUUUUCAACAACAACAAAUAAAUUAUUUGUAACUUAACAUUAAGUUUGUGGAUUAACAAAAGCAUAUCAUCCAAAUGUAAUCUGAAUACCACAGAAUAAACUGUUGCUGAUGCUUGAA